AUGAUGAUAGGUCUAUUGCUGUUGCUACUUCCUACUCUUUCACUUACUUCUACAGCCGCUCCAUUUUUUCAACACGUACUCAUGGAUGUUACUAACUGCGUCAACCUGCGAUGCGAGUGGCGAGGAGUAGGAAACCAUUGCAAAUCUGCUACGGCCCUCCAAACGGUUAGCGAACCAACUUUUAAUUAUUAUAUCAACAUAAAUAUUUAAGGAUGGUUAUGGACAUUAUUUCGAAUUUCUUAACGACGACGAGUCAGAUGACGAUCUUCUCACUCGCAUAAAGGUUAGUAGAAAUAGUAGAGAUAGGCUCCUGCUCAUAUAGCUCCAUUAUCUCCUAAAAUGGAAUAACUCUUCCACCAGAAGGAAUAAAUGAAAAAAAAUUUCAGCGUCGUCAUCCUCUAAAUACGUUUAUGAUCGUGAACAACGCUGAACUGGGUGAAAUGUGUAAGGGGAGACGACUGUGGUGCAAUGUAGCCCAACAGUCUCUUGGCCCAAGAGCUUACGAGGAGUUCUUCGAAUAUCUUCUAAGCCCUGGCAUUCCCAUCGCCCUCAGACCAAAGUUACACUGUUAA